AUGCUAUUCGCAGACAAGACAAAUGAGGCCGGACAAUCCUUCUGGAACAUGCUGCUCUCCCUCAUCAAACUCCCAGCUCUUCAAUCUCUCAGUAUCGACAAGAUCGAAGCCAUACGAACACCCUCCUUCCAACCCGCUCAUAACCCCCUUCCCAUGCCGCCAUCCCCGCUAACCUCUCUCGAGCUCAAAGACUGCGUAUUCAGCCCCGCAGCUCUCCACGCUCUUCUUACAUUCUGUACUGGCUUAAAGAGCUUGAAGCUCUCUAUCCCACACCACUACGCUAACCAGUACGCGCAGACACACGCCAUGGCGCCCUGGGACGGACUUACUGAAGCUUUGGAGCCGGUUAAGCAGAGUCUGGAGAUUCUCGAGCUGGAUGCGAGCCAGAUAUGGUGGCAUUACCAGGCUAUCCACACUCUUCACCCUCUAACACAGGCCCUCCUGCCAAUCUCUCCCCUCGCACACUUCCCCAAACUGCGUAUUAUCACGCUUCCGCAUCGCGCCCUACUUAGAGGCUCCUCGGAAACUGCUGAUGUAGCGGGUAUACUACCAGUGAAUGUAGAGGAGCUGGUAAUGGUGGAUGACCGUUGUCCUAGCGUGGAGAAUCGGCUCUUGUACUAUCUUGGUUGGUUGGAAAGAGUGCUGGAGGAGAAGGAGGAGAGGUUCCGGCGGUUGAGGAAGGUGCUAGUGCUGGGGUGGAAAGGUGAGUGUGGGGAUGUGGAUGGGGAACUGCAGGUUUGGAGGGGAAUGGGGAGGCGGGUGGGCGUAGAUGUAGAUGUAAGGUGUACGGUGAGGAGGAAGGGUAUUGGAGUCGGUGGUUGA